AUGAGCCAAAAACUCGCGCGCACCAUCCCCUCCCUCGCCACCCUCCGCCACGUCCAAUUCUCCCGCAGAGGCGUCCCCUUCCUCAAGACCUCCGCCCUCCAAGCCAAACUCACCACCGACCUCCAAGCCGCCAAAUCCUUCUUCGCCCUCCCGCGGCGCAGCGUGCGGCCCGCCGCCGCCGACCAGCCCUUCCCCCCACCCACGCUCCUCACCAUGGAGUUCGAGCCCGUGUUCACUCUCGGCCGGCGCGACCGCCGCGCACUCGCCAUCGCCGAGCGCGAGCGCCUGCUGGGCACGGGCGCAAAGGUGUACGAGACGCUGCGCGGCGGGCAGACGACGUUCCACGGGCCGGGACAGAUGACGGGGUAUGUAGUGAUCGACCUAGUCCAGCACAAGUUGACGCCGCGGUGCUAUGUUGCGCUGCUGGAGGACGCCAUGAUUGAGACGUGUGCGCACUACGGGGUGGCCACGGUCAAGACCGAGAAUACGGGUGUGUGGGUGCGCGGCGGGGAGAGCAAGAUCGGGGCCGUGGGCGUGCACAUGCGGCGGAAUGUGACGAGCUAUGGCGUGGCGCUGAAUGUCACGACGGACCUGCGGUGGUUUGAUCUCAUUGUGCCGUGUGGGUUGGAGGGGAAGGGGACGACGUCGUUGGAAAAGGAGGGGGUGAGGGGGGUGGGGGCUGGUCAGGUGGCGGCCAUUUUUGCGGAGAUAAUGAGGGAGAAGCUGGGCUGUGAGCAGAUUGAGAGCUUGAACGAGUGGAGGUUGUUUGAGUGGAUUGAGGGACGGACGAUCCAGAGUUUGGCCGGUAGCAAAAUCACGGAUUUCACUCCGAUUUAA